CGUCGUAAUGAGUGAGCAGGGUCACUACUUCUGUUUUCAUGAAUAUAGAUACAGGGCACAGCAUUAAAAAAAGGAUUAAGAUGAAGAUUUAACCUUGACUCAGUGAAUUGUUUUGAAGGUAAAUAAGGGGACAGGGUAACCAAGGUGCAGACGACGCACAGCAGGACGUGGAGACAUCACAGAAAGAGAGAGAGGGAGCAGAGAGGGAGAGAGACCUCUGAAAUAAUUACUGUAAAAACAGCGUUAAGGAGGAGUAGCUGCCCACAUAUAUUUGCAGCUUUGUGCGGACUUUUGAUGGACUUAAAUCAUCCACAAGCUCACUGCUGACUUGUCGAUGAGGAGCCUUUCAGAUUCUGGACAGGUGACAGCUACCAACUGCCCAAUGGAGAAAUAUGAAAAACUGGCCAAAAUUGGUGAGGGUUCCUAUGGCGUGGUAUUUAAAUGCAGACACAGAGACACCGGCCAGAUAGUCGCCAUCAAGAAGUUUGUGGAGUCUGAAGACGACCCUGUCAUUAAGAAGAUAGCCUUGCGAGAAAUACGUAUGCUGAAGCAGCUGAAACAUGUGAAUCUGGUCAACCUGCUGGAGGUCUUCAGGAGGAAAAGACGGCUCCACCUGGUGUUUGAGUUCUGUGAGCAGACUGUCCUCAACGAGCUGGACAAACACCCUCGAGGGGUACCUGAGGCUCAACUGAAGAGUAUAGUGUGGCAGACUCUACAGGCCGUCAACUUCUGUCAUAAGCACAAUUGCAUCCACCGUGACGUGAAGCCAGAGAACAUCCUCCUCACUAAAACCGGAGUCAUCAAGCUCUGCGACUUUGGCUUCGCCCGCAUCCUGACGGGACCAGAGGAUGACUACACAGACUACGUUGCGACCCGCUGGUACCGGGCCCCUGAGCUACUGGUUGGGGACACACAGUACGGUCCCCCUGUGGACGUGUGGGCGCUGGGAUGUGUCUUCGCUGAGCUGCUCCACGGGAAUCCACUCUGGCCCGGGAAAUCUGACGUUGACCAGCUCUACCUCAUCCGAAAAACUCUAGGUGACCUGAUCCCUCGUCACCAGCAGGUCUUCCGCUCCAAUGUUUUCUUCAGUGGAGUUUGUAUUCCUGAACCUGACACGAUGGAGCCUUUGGAAAAGCGUUACCAUGAAGUGUCACCUCAUGCUCUCCAGGUCAUGAAGUCAUGCCUGGUGAUGGACCCCUCCCUCAGGCUGUCCUGUGAGGAGCUGCUGGAGCUGCCUUACUUCCAGGAGGAAGUAGGUGCCAACUGGGGCCGAGAGGGCGAGCGCCCAGGAAGACGACACGACAAAGGCUCCCGACGCAGACAGGCAGGGGCUCAGUACCUGCCUCAGUUACCAAACAGCAACAUCUCACCAGCACCAGACGUCAAGAAACAGGUGAAGCACAAAUAUCACCUGCCCAACAUCUAAUAAAAGCAAGGUUUGAACUGACUGAAGAGUGACACAUCGUGGCAGAACGGAGACAUGCAGGACUCGUUUUCUGCUCUGUGCAAUCAUUUGAAUACAGUCCAAUUUAAAGAUGUGUAUUGGUGUGAGAGUUGGAAAGUAUAUUUUAAUUCCAUCACUUUCACUUGACCACAGACUUAUUUAAUACUGGUGACAAAACAAACUAUAGUUAAGGUGUUUACAGAUGCAGG